AUGACGUCACUGCCAUUUCCGAUCAGGAAGUCGUCAGUCAAGCACCCUUCGAAGUGGAAGACAGUUCCGAACUACCACAGCCGAGCACAGAAUUCGCUCAGCCAGUUCUUUUCGAAACAGGAACUGGACCACAUCGCCUACAUCACGAGCCUAGCCGAAAGAUCAUCUUUCGAAGCUCCAGAACGGCCUCCACUGCCUAGAAGAAUGACUUUAGAACAACAUGAAAUGGAGAAAGUGCUCAGCGAAGACAGGUCCAGCGCCACUUCCAACGCAGAUCAGUUCGAAGAAGAGUCUUUCGAUGACGUCACUGCCAUUUCCGAUCAGGAUGUCGUCAGUAAAGCACCCUUCGAAGUGGAAGACAGUUCCGAACUACCACAGCCGAGCACAGAAUUCGCUCAGCCAGUUCUUUCGAAACAGGAACUGGACCACAUCGCGUACAUCACGAGCCUAGCCGAAAAAUCAUCUUUCGAAGCUCCAGAACGACCUCCACUGCCUAG